AUGGCGUUCAAGAAGAUCAUCCUCACGGUCACCCUCUUGCUUUCCGUCAUGGCUGCCACCUCCGCUAGUGUUGCCGGGGAUCAGUGCGUUCAGGGACAGAAGAUCCCGCACAACCCGCUUCCAUCCUGCAAGGGAUACGUAGUCAGCCAUGUAUGUGGUGUAGGGCAGCUCCCCAUGGAGGUGAUGAAGGAGUCAUGCUGCCAGGAGCUAUCAACCAUCCCAAGUUCAUGUCGGUGCGAGGCUCUCCGCAUCCUCAUGGACCGCCUGGUGACUGUGGAUGUGAAGGGCGUGUUCGAGGGCGGCCCUCCCCAGCAAUGUCCCAGGCAGUGGCAAAGGGGCUUCGCCGCCAUCCUCGUUGCCCCGGAGGAGUGCAACCUAGAGAACACCUUACUUAAGGACCCGUACGGGGAUGCGACAGCUACGACGGUGACAUCGGCACGAGGCUGCGGUAGCGAUGAUGACAUCGACACUGGGUUGUGGCAGUGA